UACAAAUUUGUCCGUUCAAAAGCGUGCGAGUCACUGUAAAAUAUAAUAAGCAUAUCUCCAAAGUAAACUAAAUAUAUUAUGAACGCUUGGUUUUUUUAACUUUCAUUAAAAUGUAAUACCAAAGUUCUGUUUAAUGUAAAUUGUCAUUUUUGCCACUUAAAAUAUGGAAAAAAAGAUCUCAUCGACAUCCCAGCCCCGGAUUUUAAAAAAGAAGCACUUCAGGGUUAAGCAUCAAAAGGUUAAAUUAUUUAGAGCCAAUGAACCAAUUUUAAGUGUGUUCAUGUGGGGAAUAAAUCACACUAUAAAUGAAUUAAGUCACGUAAAUAUACCUGUAAUGCUUUUGCCGGACGAUUUUCGUGCUUAUUCUAAAAUUAAGGUGGAUAAUCAUCUAUUUAAUAAAGAAAACAUGCCGUCACAUUUCAAAGUCAAGGAAUAUUGCCCCCUUGUGUUUCGAAAUUUACGUGAAAGAUUUGGUGUUGAUGAUGUUGACUACCGCGAGUCCUUAACUCGAUCCCAACCUAUUCAAAUUGAUUCGUCUGGAAAAUCAGGAGCGCAAUUUUAUGAGAGUUAUGAUAAAUUUUUUAUAAUAAAAAGUUUGACAUCGGAAGAAAUUGAACGAAUGCACGCAUUUUUAAAGCAAUACCAUCCGUACGUUGUGGAAAGACACGGAAAAACGCUUUUACCGCAAUACUUGGGAAUGUAUCGUAUCACUGUAGAAAGUGUGCAAUAUUACUUCGUUGUCAUGAGGAAUGUUUUCAGCUCCCACUUGACUAUACACAAAAAGUUUGAUUUAAAAGGUAGCACCGUUGAUCGGGAAGCAUCAGAAAAGGAACUUGAAAAAAAUUUGCCGACUUUAAAGGACAAUGAUUUUAUAAAACAAAAAGUUAAAUUAGACAUUGGAAAGGAAGCUAAGGACAAACUAAUGGACACGCUGAGCAACGAUGUGGAUCUUCUAACAAAGUUGCACAUUAUGGAUUACUCUUUGUUGGUCGGCGUGCAUGACUGUGUUCGUGCAGAGGAGGAAGCUUUGCAGGGAGAUAAUAUACUAACUGUUGGUCGCAGUGAGAACAGCGAAAGCGAGGAAUGCGAUAGCGGGGAACGCUGGACGUAUAACACUCCUCCUGAUUCUCCAAGAGGUGCACAGUAUAAGGAAGUCGUUUAUGAAGUUGACAUAUAUGACAUUCCAAGUAUUGAAGAAAAACGCGAAAUUUACUUUAUUGCUAUUAUUGACGUUCUUACACAAUAUGGAGUUAAAAAACAGGCAGCUAAAGCAGCAAAAACCGUUAAAUAUGGCAGUAAUGUUGACGGUAUAUCAACCUGUGACCCUGAACAAUAUGCCAAACGAUUCUUGGACUUUAUGGAUAAAGCUAUAGAAUAAAGUAUUAUACUCAUUAUGUAUUUGCCACAUUCAAAAUGUCAAAAAUGUAUUUAUCUAAGACAUAAAAUAUAAGAUAUUAUUUUGAAGCUUCCA